GGCUACGUGAUUCAUCUCUUCUUUCAACGUCAUUUUCAAAGCAUCCAGUAUCGAGAUUCCAUUGUUGUACGAGUUAAUAACAAUAUUGGUAAAAUUCGUCGUCACCGACUUGGAUAUUCAAUUCCAAUUUUGGACAUGUAUCAAGUUGUUCCAUU